GUGAGCUGGAGAUUGAGUGCAAGUCGGUGGAGUCACAUAUUAAAUCACAGACUUCACUGCUCAUCUGAGGACUGUGACUUGACGUCCAGCUUCUUCUUCUUCUUUUUUUUUUUUUAAUUUUGUAAUUUUUUUCUGUUCGGGCGGUUAAUGUCGCUGCACAUUUUUGACGUGCAGCCACAACAGGUUGACCGAUUAAAUCCAGCCACUAUGGAUUAUUCCUCUUCAUCUCCAGUCGAUUGCCACUGACGGGAUCGUAAUGGGCACCGUCGAGAGAUCAGUGUUGAUUGAGGAAGAAACGAACUGAUCAUAAUCAAGUGGAGCGGAGACGGAGGCAACAUCUGUGGGGGGAGCGACGCACAAUUUCGAGAGACAAGCGAGGGGACCUGUGGAGGGACCUGUAUGCAAGGAAGCGAAGCGAAAAGAUGAUGGGAUGGCCGUGGCAACAUGAAAAAGAAAAAGUGCGGUGGUCUAUUUUCAUCCAGCCAGUGAUUCAACACAACUAACCUGGGGGACAGGGACUGAGAGAGAAGAGGUAGGAGACAGGUGCGUGGCCACAGCCGUGACCAUGGAGCCUCCCCCCUCUCUGAGCUUGGCUCUGCUAGGAGGGAGCGAGGAUGAGGACCAGCGCUUCCUCCUUCCCCUGGGCAGCAUAUCCCAUCCCUCCACCACUGGCAACCAGCCAGGAUCAAACCACUCCAAUCACAUGGGAGGAUCAAGCCUCGACCGCCUAAAUGGCAGCACCCCGUCCCCAGCCACUGCCACGCCCAACUUGCCUCCAGCAUCACUCCCCAAGUUGCCCCUGUCAUCCUCUGGAGCUCAGCCUUUGCCCCCGCCCAUCCCCAACGCCCUGCAUCCCACCAGCACCCCGCUCUCCUCAUGCUUGGGCUCGCAGCACAGCCUGAGCGGGGACAACUCUCCAGUCUACAACGCCCUCUUUUACUCCUCCCACUCGCCCUCCAUGGAGCGGGAGAGGGACAGAGAGCGUGAGAGGGACAGGGAGCGAGAGCGAGAGCGAGAGCGAGAUCGAGAUAGAGGCUGUAAACACAGACAGGCCAGCCCUCUGGUUCACCGUAGGGACAGUAACCCCUUCACGGAGAUCGCCAUGAGCUCCUGUAAGUACACAGGCGGGGUCAUGAAGCCCCUGAGCCGCCUCAGCGCCUCCCGCAGAAACCUCAUUGAAUCAGACAGCAGCAGCGAAACCAAAGAGGUUGGCGUUUCAGCUGUUGCCGGGGCAACAGCAGCAGGGGGGCAUGACCGACAGCGAGAAGCCCCUCCCACCUCCUCGUUGUCCCAGUCCUCUACCAAUCAACCCCCAAUACAGAGCCCGCCAGAGAUUGUGAUUUCAUCCAAAGAAGACUCGCCGUACCCCCGAGCGGGGUAUGACAUCACAGACUCCACAUCCAACCAGAUGUCCAUCUACCACCAGAACCAUGCGCUGGUGGAGAGCAGGCGGGCGCAGCCGGGGCGGGGGAGCAGGCAGGGAGGGGUCGGAGCAGUGGGCACCGGGCCAAGGGGCAGCACCUCCAAGGCCCCAAAACGGAAGAACCAAAACAUUGGCUAUAAACUGGGGCAUCGACGGGCGCUGUUUGAGAAGAGGAAGAGGCUGAGCGACUAUGCGCUCAUCUUCGGGAUGUUUGGCAUUGUCGUCAUGGUGAUUGAGACGGAGCUGUCGUGGGGUGUUUACACCAAGAGCUCCAUGUAUUCUCUGGCCCUGAAGUGUCUGAUCAGCCUGUCCACAGUCAUACUGCUGGGCCUCAUCAUAGCCUACCAUGCACGGGAAGUUCAGCUGUUUGUCAUCGACAACGGAGCUGACGACUGGCGCAUCGCCAUGACGAUGGAGAGGGUGUUGCUGAUCGCACUGGAGCUGCUGGUUUCUGCGGUGCACCCAGUGCCAGGGGACUUUAAGUUUCAGUGGCGGGCGCGGCUGGCCUUCUCGUACGCCCCGUCGCAGGCCGAGGCCGACCUGGACAUGGUGCUGAGUGUGCCCAUGUUCCUGCGCCUCUACCUCAUCGCCAGAGUCAUGCUUCUUCACAGCAAACUCUUCACUGACGCCUCCUCCAGGAGUAUAGGUGCCCUAAAUAAGGUGCAUUUUAACACUCGGUUUGUAAUGAAAACCCUCAUGACCAUCUGCCCCGGGACGGUGCUGCUGGUCUUCAGCAUCUCUCUGUGGAUCAUUGCUGCCUGGACCGUACGAGUGUGCGAGAGGUAUCACGAUGCCCAGGAUGUGACCAGUAACUUCCUGGGAGCCAUGUGGCUUAUCUCCAUCACCUUUUUGUCCAUCGGCUAUGGAGACAUGGUUCCUCACACCUACUGUGGCAAAGGAGUCUGUCUGCUCACAGGAAUCAUGGGUGCAGGCUGUACAGCUCUGGUGGUUGCCGUGGUAGCCAGGAAGCUGGAGCUGACCAAGGCCGAGAAACACGUACACAACUUCAUGAUGGACACACAGCUCACCAAGAGGAUAAAGAACGCAGCGGCUAACGUGCUGAGGGAAACCUGGCUCAUCUACAAACACACCAAGCUGAUGAAGAAGAUCGACCACUCCAGAGUCCGCAAACACCAGCGGAAGUUCCUCCAGGCUAUACAUCAAUUACGCAGUGUGAAAAUGGAGCAGAGGAAACUCAGUGAUCAGGCCAACACACUAGUAGACCUCUCAAAGAUGCAGAGUGUCAUGUAUGAGCUCAUGUCAGAGCUCAACGACCGCAGCGAGGACUUGGAGCGCCAGAUGCUAUCCCUGGAGCAGCGGGUGGAGCAGCUCACCGCCGGCUUCAACACCCUGCCUGCCCACCUCUCGGCCACCCUCAGCGCGCAGCACGCCGCCCUGGUCCACUUGCUUCGGGAGAGGGAUGCGAGGGACGGUAGAGGAGGUGGUGGUGGAGGAGGGGGAGGUGCUGUGGUCCCACUGUCUCCAGCUGCGUCUUUAGCCACUGCUUCAGCUUCAAUUUCUCCAGUCCAGGUCGCAUCUCCAGCACCACCCCCAUCCCAAGUCCCCACAUUGGCCUUGGAGUCCCCUCUUUCGCCCCCACCUUUGAGCCCAGAGGGGAGCCUGGAGGCUAGUCCCAACCCCAACACCUGCACUUCUAGCUGCUGAAGACAGCUGUGAGGACCAGGACAGGACAUAUGUGGUGGGAAAACAGGGAGAGAGGAGGGGGAGAGGGGGGGGAUGUGCCAGUCCUCUCAGUUCAGACUAUAGGAGAGGAACAAGGAGGGAGGAGGAGAGAGAUGGGAGGUGAUCCUCUGAAACUAACGCUCCAUGAGGGAGGGAUGAAGACGGGACUAUGAGGAGAAAUAAUAGGAUUAAGAUGGAGGGCCGGUAUGAAUGAUGAGACAUGUUAGGGACUUUGGGGCGCCUUCCUUGACGAGGGAAGGAGAAGAAAAAUGGAGAAAAAAUGGAGACUCUAAAAUGUGUAAGGGGAGGGAGAAUGUCAAGAGGGUGAGAAAUGGAGGUAGAGAGGAUGAGGAGGGGGAAGGAGAGAGGAGGAGAAAUAACGAGGAAUAAUUAUAUGAACUCAGAGCUCCUAAAUGGAAUCCACUCCAAUUACUGAAAAAGGGCCUUUUAUUCUCUCUCUGUCUCUCUCUAUCUCUCUCUCUCUUUCUUCUUUUCUCCCCCUCUUUCCUUCCCUCUCUCCCAAUCUUUCUCUCCCUUCAUCAGGAAUUAAUGACCAUGACUUUUUAUCCUUAUGAUGUAUUUUCUAUCUGAAUGCUAAUUGUGUGUUAACGAGCAUCCCUUUAACAGAAGGUUCGAUCAAUACGACCAUGAUAUUAAAAAAAAAAAAAAACUAGUGGCAUGCACUGCACACACACAGACACACAAACACACACACACACACAAAAACGUAUACCGACGCAUCCUCCACGCAAUACAAGUUAACUCAGCACAAACAUAAAUACACAAUCUUUCACAAUGCAGGCCCUAUUUAGACUCACACAAAGAAACUGUGUGCAGUAGCCCACAAGAUAAUACUUAAGCCUAUACUGCCAAGCACUCAAUGCACUGUCAAUCUCCACAGAGCACUGCCAAGCAAUGUAGACACACUGUAAAAAAUGUUCAUCCAAACGACUUAUCUUUUGUGGGUGUGAGCUAAUGCAGUAGUUUAGACUUACAAUGCAUAGUUGUGACAUUUUGACUACUCAGCUGGGAGAAUCGUAACCCUUCACUGCACUUCACUACAGAUGUAGUCGAAAUAAGUUGGUACGACACAGAGGAACAUGAGUCACCGCAGCAUCUGUUUGUGACGAGGAAGACAGUCGCAGAUGAUAGAAUAACCGCGACACAACUGCAACAGGACUUUAUUACUGCAUUUCUUGGAUUAGAUGGAGCUGGACUGAUGUUUAAGUGCUGUGCUGAAGUGAGACUUUGAAGAGUUUGAUUAUGUUUGAGUUCUGUGAAUGUUUCAGAAAAUGGAUCAUUAAUAUUUGUAUCAAGUGCAUUAACGCUGGGAUGGCUGUUGGAAGAAAGACUAGAUUAUGGCAAAAAACCUUAAGUAAAGGUUCAGUGUGUAGGAUUUGGGGGAAUAUAUAGGCACAAGUGAAAUAUUUUAUAAUAAGUAUGUUUUCUUUGGUGUAUAAUCACUAGAGCUUAGAUCGCCCCCACCCGAGCCCGUGCAUGUUCUGUCCAAGCCCGUUAACUGUUAUUAUGAGCCCGAGCCCGGUUUAAACCCGACAUUUUUUUUAAGGAUACAAACGUGGACAUUGAAGGCUGACUCUCGUCUUUCUUUCCAUGGCAAGCCUUCGUCAUGUGCCUCUUAAGUGUCGAGGUCCCCGUCUUUUUGCUGUCAUAUACCAGCAUCGCGCUGCACUUGGUACACUCGACGAAGCCGACACACACAUUGUCACCGUCAACAACUCACGUGCGCAGCCAGCGGCGCCAUCAAGGGGGCAGGUGUGAUGAGUAGUAGUUGGUUCCAUAGCCUAGGUCUAUUAUGAGGAGCCCCACCUGUCCAAGCCCAAGGAUAGUGGCGGGAAAUUACAGCCGGGUCAGGUUUGGGCAGAGAAUCUAAACUCUAGUAAUCACCUGAAAAAAGCACUGUUAUGUUUUCUUACCUUAGAAUGAGCCGUCUAUAUCUACAUAGGGAGGAGGGCCUUGUCCACAGAGUCGGCCAUGUUUCUACAAUAGCCCAGAACGGACAAACCAGACACUGGCGUUAGAUAGGGCGAGUCACGUUUCCAUGUUUUUGCAUUGGCCACCAUAGUUUAGCAGUCCCUACAUGAUAAGAGCAUUGCAAACACUACAUUUUUAACAUGAAAGCGCUCUAUUCAGUGUUUUAAAUCAUCAAGUCUGUUUGUUGUGGAGAGGAUGAGCUUCUGUAGAUAAUUUGGAUCUUAAGGUAUCAGAAAAAAAUGGUGAGCGCACAUAAGGAGGUGCUGAGCUAGCGGCCCUUCUCCAUGCCAGGCAUCAUCAGAGAAACACUGAUUUGUAACGUGAAACUGCUUUUUUCAGUGCUUUUACCAGUUUAGAUCACCUGGUCAGUUUGUUUUGGAGAGGAGGAGAUCUCUGCGAGUAAUUCGGUUCCGAGUAAAAAUGUCCAGAAGGAAUUCCAAUUGGGAGAUGUUUCAGCUAGUUGCAAUCUGCAAUCCUCACUGCUAGAUGCCACUAAAUCCCCCUAAAUCUUACAUAAUGUUCCUUUAAACUGGCAUUUCAAUCUGGUUGCUCUCAAAGGAACACUGACUGUACGAGACAGAGCUCUGCACAAACUUAGCAUCUGGUGAGUGUUCUGCAGACAGGUAAAAUAACAGUCAAAACAUUAUCCAUCAAUAAUAAAUGAUCUGCUUAUUCUUUCACCCGUCUGAAGUCAGUGGAGUCAGAUCGACUGGGAUGCUGUAGUAUCUGUUGUUUUGCUUUCAUUCUCUGAAAAUAUUACUUCCUAUUAAUUACUAAAAUAUUGAUUUUUACAUUGGUAAUUUAAUUGACUAUAAAAAGAAUCCAACAAUUGUUUAGCUGUGUGUUUCUAAGUUGAUGUGAUUAAUAUUUUUUCACAGUGUACGGUUGUGUCUGUGUCCCUUCACGAAGGGGAGAAGACCUUACUUACUGCCAUUCUUUUUCGAGCUUGCAGUCCCAAAACAACGCACUGUUAUCAUGAAUGUAUUCUGUGUAAAGAAAUACACUCAAACACUCUUUGCUUGUUCAAUCACUUAAACUGCCAUGCAGACACAGGAACAGACACCUACACGCACGCACACACAAAUAUACACACACCUCGACAACCAAAGUGCUCUCUCUUAAAUGGACUUCAAUAAGAGGCAGGGAACGCUGCUGUCACUGGGGAAAAAAGAUAGCAGAAGGCGUUGCAGAUAUCUUGACAAUAUUUCUGAGGGAAUAACUGUGAAAAUCUGGGCAUGGACUUGUUACAGUGCUGUACAUGGACUGCUCUUCACUGCUUUAAAACAGAUCAAGGUGGACUACGGAUGAACACAAGGGAACACAAAUAAACCUUUUAAAGGAUAAAUGGCCAUGAAGGAACAGCUGUUCAUGAAAUAAAUAAAACAUAGAAAGAGAGACUGAGGUUUAUCUGAGUGGAAUUAUAAUGGUGUAAUGGGAAAACAGACAAGCCUACCCUUGCAUUGGAGACAAUACUGUCUUAUAGCGACACGCUGUGGCCGGAAUACUGAAUUACAUACGCUUGGAAUAUUGUAUAGUAUGCUGUUAACGAAAUCUAGCUUUGUAUUGCUUAGUCUUUUCUACCAUUAUGAUUAAACGCAGUUAUAGCUGAUAUCUAAUAUUACUAAACUAUAGUAUUCUUCUCAUUCGUCAUGACAAUUAUGAUAUAUGUAUUAACAAUACGUUAAAUAAUUAUGAACAAGGGAAGUGCCGUUUGAGGUUGAAAUUAUU